CUCGAUAUCUUAUUCUAACACGAAAUGGAGACACAUGCGUCCGUACCACUGGGUCCCGAAGAGCAGGCCACAGUCAAGACCGAAUACGAUGAAUUCCUCAGAUCUGUUCGGGUCAAGGAGCUGCCCAUAUCGGCUCUGGCACAACUCUCGCUUGAUGGUCCUCAGUACAAACCAGUCCAACCAAAAAUCGCACACACUUUUGCCAUCCCAGGUCCCCGUCCCAAAACCAAUCUGGCCAUUAGCAGUGUGUCUGGUGGCCAGGAUCUCAUUAAUGUCCCGACGGCGACUGUUUUCAUACCGAUUCAAGCUUUCACGAGCAAUGUGGUUGGACCCAUUAAUCCCGCGCCGGACGUUUCGACACCGCUUGAUAUCAAUGUGAUUGGUGCCAAGAAGGAACCCGUUGAGUGCCCGCCGUCUGUUUCACCACCGCUGGACAUUAAGACAGAGGUGGAGGUGGCCCUUGCGGCCAUUGAGCUUGCCAUUGAGAUGGAAAAUGUACGGGAAAAUAACCCAGAAGAGGCACAAGAGAAAUCACCGGAGAAAAACCGCACUCCCGUGGAGAAGCCCGAUGAUGCCACUCUAAAUCCUAAUCCGCGGUAUAUACCGAUCAAGAGCGCCAAGUACUACACAAAGAAGCUACUCGUUCGGGUGAAGCGCAUUGAUCAGGACGAGUAUUUGGUUUUCAUAUUUCGUUUGCUUCGCAUGCUCGAUAAACUAGUAACUAAACAAACAAAUAUGCGGGAGCGGGAGUAGGAGCUGGAGCUGAACUGGAGGCUGCAGGCGGGAUAACGAGGACGUAGUGGCGGACAAGGCCUCUGUUGGGCGUCACAUUGUUGUCAGUUUUGGUAUCUGGAUCAAGAUUCGUAUCCGGAGUUGGGGAUGCUCCAAUGCCGACAACAGAGGGUAUCGCCUUCGGCGAAUCCUCUUGCGCGUAGCCCACACGCAACGAAUGGUGCCCUGGAUCGAAAACUAGGGCUCCAAUUUCGUCGCCGCCAUAUAGCAUGUUGCCUCCAUUCAUCUUGGAGCGUCGGGACUACUUUUCAGCUUGAUUUCUUGCAAAAGUUCUCGAAA